CAGAGCUAAACCUUUCUACAAAAAUACAGAAGGCAGUGGUAAUUUAGUGAUAUUAAUCUAAUUAGUGUGCUUUGAGAGCUAAGCUUUGAAAAACAGUUAUCUGCUUAUGUCUAAAACUACAAUACCCGAUGAGUGAGAAGAUACGCAGCACACAAGCGGAAAACCAAGAAGAUUCAGGGUCUGACCUUGACUCUCAGUUAAAUGAGAGUAAGGUGGAUUUGCUUGAAGCAAAUGGCUCAAGAGUCUUGAAAAAAAGGUCAUCUAAAGGAUGCAUAACUUGCAAGAUAAGAAAAAAGCGAUGUGAUGAGAUCAAACCAAUUUGUGGAGAUUGUAAAAGACUCAACAGAAAAUGUGCAUAUAUCACUAGCGAGAUGUCUAGUGACGAAAAGAAAGUUUUGAAAGAGGAAAUGAAACUCAUUGAAAAAAACAGUAAGGCUAGACAUAGGAAGAAGAAGCAGCAAAACCAAAACAGAAUUCUCAGCAUUAUCAAAUCCAACACACAACCCCAAAUAUAUACAAACCCUUCGAUUGUUUUGAAUACCACCCUUGCAGGCCUUACUCCAAUAGGUAAGAGACUUUACGAAUACUAUAGGGAUAAACUAAGUUUCAUAGUUUGCUCGGCACCGAAAGUUGAAAAUAUGUAUUUGAACACCUUUCUACCGAUGGCUCAUAUAGACAAGUCUGUGCUUUAUGGAAUUCUAGCAUGGAGUGCAUUCCAUUUGGGCGGACCAAAAAUGGAGAAGCAAGGUGGCGAUGAUGUUGAAAUAUAUGAAGAUUUAGAAUUAUCGAGAUUGAAUAGGGACAACAUGAUUAAUAUGAGAUUAGCUGCUUUUUUGAUAUUGUGUGGUGUUGAAAUUUGUAAAGGUGAUGUAUCUAAGUGGUCAAAAUAUUUAACCUACGGGGCUAAGCUGAUAAAAUUGAAAGGUGGAUUAGAAAGGUUUAACGAAAGUAAGGAUGAACAUUUUUUGGUCACCAACUAUGCUUACCAUGAUAUCACUGCUAUUCAAGUUAUAAACGAAAGGACAAUACAUUUUGAUUUAAAUGAGUAUGAAAAUAUGUGGACUAAAUCUAAUGAGCUAGGGUUUGCAGAUCCUUUACAUGGGAUCUCGUCACCCGUUUUCAAAAUAUUAGCCGAAAUCAACAAAUUGGUCAUAGUUGUACAGAAGUUGAUCAAAAGGUCAAUGAAAGAUGAAACUAAAACACCCGAGAACAUUGAGCAAAGAAUUGCUGGUGUGAAACCAAAAAUAGCGCUAUGCGUUUCCAAUAGGGAUUUGGAGUUGCAGUUAACCAUGUUUGAGUGCUUCCAGGUAACUGCCAAAAUCCACCUUAGACAAUCUGUUCUUCGAAUGAAUUCAGCAUCUAUCGAAAUCCAAUACUUGACGACACAACUAGUGAAAUUACUUGAUGUUUUAUUGGAGUCCGAUGUGGAAGCCUGCCUUUGUUUUCCGAUGUUUAUUGCCGGCAUGAACUGCGUUUGGAAGAAGGAUCGUGAAGGAAUGACAAGACGGUUCAAGUCUUUCAUCAACAGAUACAAAUGGAAGAAUGUGUUGCGAUGCCAGAUCGUGAUCCGGUAUAUAUGGGAGUUGAAUCACAAAGGAGAGAAGUUUGUUGAUUGGUAUGCAGUUGUCAAGACACUCGGAUGGGAUUUGAGUUUUGCUUAA